UCAGACUGUCCCUCCCUGAUCUGACAUUCAGCCCCCGAGCCGUCACUCUCUCCAGCUAUGGCAACAAAAUGGGGAAUCUGCUCUGCAGGUAAAAUCAGCCAUGACUUCAUGGUGGGCCUGGAGACCCUUCCAGCUGAGGACCAUCAGGCUGUGGCGGUGGCAGCGAGAGACCUGAAAUGUGCUAAAGAUUUUGCCGAUACCCAUAAGAUUCCAAAAGUUUACGGCUCGUAUGAAGAACUUGCCAAGGACCCUGACAUUGACGUGGUAUACGUCGGUGUGUUGCACACUGUCCACCGUGAUGUCGUCCUAAUGUUCCUGGAGAACAGAAAGAACGUUCUGUGCGAGAAACCCCUGGCGAUGAACUCCGCGGAGGUCGGGGAAAUGAUUUCCGCUGCUGGGAAGAAUAACGUAUUUUUAAUGGAGGCUUUUUGGAGUCGCUUCUUCCCGGUUUAUGAGCAGAUCCGCUCCCUGCUGCGUCAGGACGCUAUUGGAGAGGUGAAGGUUGUGAGAGCCGAGUUCGGCUACAGUUUGUGUGAUGUUCCGAGGGCGGUGGAGCGGGAGCUCGGAGGGGGAGCGCUGCUGGAUAUCGGCUGCUACUGUCUUCAGUUUGCCUUAAUGGCAUUUAAUGGAGAGAAGCCGGAGUCGGUGACAGCCAAAGGCUUCCUUCAUGAAACAGGAGUGGAUGAAACGGUGAGCAUUAUCCUCCAGUAUCCAAGGAAACGCCAGGCCAUCCUGACAAGUACCAUCGUAACUACGCUGCCCAACCAAGCGGCAAUUACCGGCACUAAAGGAAAUAUUCAGAUUCCUUCAUUGAUGUGGUGCCCAACUUCACUCAUCGUCAAUGGAAAAGAAACCCAAUUCCCCCUUCCCCCGACUACAAAGAACAUCCAUUUUAUUAACAGCACAGGGCUGAGUUAUGAAGCAGAACACGUCCGCCAGUGUCUAUUGAAAGGAUUGAAAGAAAGCCCGGUUAUGAGUUGGGAAGACAGCAAGCUGUUGGUCAGCAUUAUGGAUGAAAUCCGCAAGCAAAUUGGUGUUACAUACCCUCAGGAUCAAGUCUGAUUUACUAAACCACUGACCGGAGGACACAGAAACUGGACUAAAACCACAAUUAACCCAACGCAGAAGGCUCAAUAAACAUGUAGUAAAAUUA